AUGGACGUGCGUGUGAUUAUUUAUUUUUUGGGAAUCGCGGUCGGAGCGUUUGCAGCCGAAGUGGAGGAGAGGCCGAUAACAUUUUACAAAGAUUUGUAUUACAAGGGAGAGUCUAGAACCAUGGCGGUCAGUGUUGGAACACCCGAAGGUUCGCCUUGCGAAUCUUGCUAUAAUUUCAUAGGCGACGUAGCAAACCUAUUGAAAUUCCGACGACCGGGAUCCAUAGAAGUACCUCCAGAUCAUUAUAUUCGACUUUAUGAAAACUUUAAUUGUCACGGUCAUCAUAUGACAUUUUGCGGUACCGCUUGCGAUUGUAAUAGUUCGCAUAUCGACCUGUCCGACAAUAACCAAAAUUGCUACGUUAAAAAUAUUUCGCGACAAUUUUGUCCGAUUGAUACUGUUUUUUAUACAAUGUUUGAAAACGAUGAUCAUUCUGGAUUGUAUUCGUUUUCCGUUCAUAAAAGACCCGAAGAAGGUCAGAUAUUGUCGUUAGAAUAUCCGGGCUCUGUGUCUGGUAAAUGUUUAUCUUUUGAAAAGUGUACUGCCAACGACAUUCUAAGAAGGAGAUCAACUACGAACGAAUUACCGACGUGUUCUUGGGAAGUUAAGGAAAACAAUUAUAUGGAAGGUGGUGGGGAAUAUUGUUUUUGGCGAAGAUGGCUUGUAGCCAUGCACUACGGAAAUUAUUUGUUACAGUUCACCAGAACCGUCAAUAAUAAUAAUGAUAAAAUUAUAUCAAACCAACUGGUGACCAACUGGUCAUUUCUGGCGCCUUAUGGAAAUUUUUUCGGAGUCCAGCCCAGGUACGACGAUAACUAUUCCAACGUAUUAUACGCAGUUUUAUUUAAGUCAAUAACAAAUUCAGUACCUCGAGAACAUAAGGAAGCUCUUCGAAAUUGUGCUUCGAAUGUUUUUGAUUAUAGGCGGGAACACUUUUAUGGGGAAAAAAUUCGAAAUUUUUUAAAAGUGUUGGCUACAAAACCCAGAGGUCAGACUCUCAUUGAAGCAACCCGUUUCAAUAUUACAGAUUUUAGAAUUUUAGUGCUUUGGGAUAUGAUCAAAACAGCACUAGAUGUCGUAAUUAGAAACCUCGAAGGUGGAGUGUCUGCAAUGCCAGAAAGUGAAGCCGAAUCUUUUUACCUUAAGGUCAAUGGUAUUAUAGAAACUCUCUGGAGAGAGCGCUACGAUAAGAUCUUCAACGCUCAUACACAUAACGUGUAA